CCCAGUUCUCGCCUUGUUUGUCGUAGUGCUACUAGUUGUCAUCUACUAAAACACCAUCUACCAUGGCCGAAUACCGCCAUUUAACUACUCCGCACCCCGAAUGGGAGAAUUUCCCCCGCAAUCUCCCUCCCGGCACCCGCACCUUCUGGCUAAACAGAGACCACCUCCCAGUCACUCCUCAACCGGGGCUCGAGAUCAAGGAAUUCGACGUCCCAGUUCGCGACGGACAUCCAAUCAGCAUCCGCUCGUACAGGCAGUCCUCUGACGAUGGCGAUGCUGGCGAGAAACCCCUACCAUUGCUCAUCUAUUUCCAUGGUGGAGGAUUCGUCUCCGGUGGCCUAGAGUCCGACGAUGCCUCGUGCAGGCGCAUCGCCUCAGAGAUCCCGAUCCUCGUUCUCAAUGUUGAGUACCGACUUGCACCAGAGCACCGCUUUCCCGUUGGGUUUGAGGAUUGCUUGGACGUUGUUCGCUGGGCCGCAUCCCCACAAGCCAAAGACAAACUUCCUUCGGCCAUCGACUUGGAGUCCGGCUUCAUCAUAGGCGGAACGUCCGCCGGCGCAAACUUCAUUGCCGGGAUCGCGCAUAUAAUCGCACAAGAGACAGACCCCAGCCUAAAGCUCUCUUACCGACUAACUGGAGUCCUCUUCCUGGCUGGUACAAUCUGCCACGAGGAUGCUCGGCCUGAGAAAUACCGCGAUAGGAUACUCAGCAUAGACGAGAUCACCGAGUCUGCUGGGCUAACUAAGGAGGGGAUUAUAUAUUUCGCUGAAAAAUACGGCGCACCACCAGCCGACGUCCGUCGCUCGCCGCUUCUAUUUGAGUCUCAUAGCGAUUUGGCUCUCCGGGCUGUGGUUUAUGUCUGCGGUUGGGACCCGCGUCGUGACGAGACAUUGUUAUUUGAGCAGCUGUUGCGGGAGGAAGGGGUGAAGACCAAGAAGUAUAUAUAUCCAGGCCUUCCACAUGGAUUUUGGACCAUGUGUCCUGAUUUGCCCGUUUCGAAAGAAUGGGAAAACGAUCUCCUCGAAGGUGUGAAGUUUCUGUUAGAAGAUUCGACUUAGUAGUAGGUGAUGUGGGAUUGAACGGAGCUUUAUUGAAUUUUGAUAUUAUUGUUUUAGCUAAGGCUAGAAUCCCUCCCUAGAGGUAUUCUGGGUAUAUAGUGGGAAACCAGUAAUGUCCUGCCUGUCUUAUGCGUCGUGAAGGGCUUUAAACCGAGAUACUCCCCAAAAAUUCCAGAACCAUUCUAGAACAUACAUGCAAGCAUAAAAAACAAAAAAUGUGAC